GUUCUUUUGAGGGUGAAUGGCGGGUUUUUUCUCGCUAGACGGUGGUGGAGGAGGAGGCGGGGGUGGAGGAAACAACCAAGAAGAUCACCGGAGCAACACUAACCCUCCUCCGCCUGUAUCAGAGUCUUGGCUCUGGUAUAGAAACCCUAACGCUAACGCUAACACAAACGCAAACGCUCCUUCUUCUUCUACAAACGCUGCUUUGGGAACACUUGAGCUAUGGCAAAACCACAACCAGCAAGAGAUCAUGUUUCAGCAUCAGCAACAUCAGCAAAGGUUGGAUCUUUUCUCUUCCGCAGCUGGUUUAGGCGUUGGACCAAGUAAUCCUAGCCAAUUCGAUAUCUCCGGCGAAACUUCAAACGCCGGCGCCGGAAGAGCUUCGGGGUUGAUGAUGAUUCGUAGUGGUGGAGGUGGAGGAGGGAGCGGUGGUGUGAGCUGUCAGGACUGUGGGAAUCAAGCCAAGAAAGAUUGUGCUCACAUGAGGUGUAGAACUUGCUGUAAGAGCCGAGGCUUCGAGUGUCCUACUCACGUGAGGAGCACGUGGGUUCCUGCUGCCAAACGCCGUGAGAGACAACAGCAACUAGCUACGGUUCAUCCUCAAACGCAGCUGCCUCGCGGUGAGAGCGUUCCCAAACGCCACCGUGAGAAUUUACCGGCAACUUCUUCCUCUCUUGUCUGCACUCGCAUACCUUCUCAUUCAGGGCUAGAAGUUGGUAAUUUUCCGGCGGAGGUGAGUUCAUCAGCAGUGUUUAGAUGCGUGCGUGUGAGCUCAGUAGAAGAUGGAGAAGAAGAGUUUGCAUACCAAACAGCCGUGAGCAUCGGUGGUCACGUUUUUAAAGGCAUUCUCUACGACCACGGUCGUCCUGGAAGUAGCGGUGGUGGAGGCUACAACGUUGUCGCGGCUGGUGAGAGCUCAUCCGGUGGUGGUGGAGCUCAGCAGCUGAAUCUCAUAACAGCUGGCUCUGUGACGGUUGCUACAGCUUCUUCAUCUACUCCAAACCUCGGUGGUGGUAUUGGCAGCUCCUCUGCGGCGGCAGCUACGUACAUUGAUCCAGCCGCUCUCUAUCCAACUCCGAUCAACACAUUCAUGGCCGGUACACAAUUCUUUCCCAGCCCAAGAUCAUGAUCGAUGAAAAAUCUGACAUAAAAGCAACAUAACUCUUUUGAAUUCUUAGAAUAGAAUUAGGGUUUAUAAACGUUAAUUGUCAGAUCAUAUCAAAUAUAUAUAAAAAAAAAGUUUGCAGAAGUGAGGGAAGUGGUCUGUUUAUGCUUCUGAUCCUUUUUAGAGAUACUCAAAAAGUUGUUGCA